CCAUGCAACACAUUUAGUGUGUAAUUACACGGAAUCAGUCAUGAAUUGCAGUGCUUUGUGAUAUGCUUAGAGAGAGAGAGAGAACAUAGCAAUACGACAACAAAUGACUCCCUGAAAGACUUUAGAGCUGUUUCGCUACUUUCCCCUUAAGAGGCAUUAGAAGAAGACAAAAAGGAUCCAUCCAACGCAUUUGAUGUGUCAUCAUUGUGGUCUCUGACUUGUGACACAGGCCGACAUUAACCACAGAGACACAGAAGGAGGUUUCUAACUCUGAGACGUAAGCAUGUCUCUGCUGAAUUUCUCCUCCAUACACCUGGUGCUCCUCUCCUCUCUGUCUGUAGUAGAUGGCUAUUUUGGACACUAUGAGAUGAGGUGUCGGUUCAGCUCCAAGGAUCCCCAUGAUGUUGAGUUUCUGAUACAGGUCUACGGCAACAAGAAGUUACUGGGACAAUACAACAGCACAACAGAAGAAUGUACGGUAUACACACAAUGGAUGAAGAACUUCACUGAAACGGCCUGCAAAGGCCCUGCUUUUCUGGCUGAGAGGAGAGAAGAAAUGAAGAAAUACUGCAGCGGCAACGUUCCUGUGGUGUAUGGGUACUUACUAGAUAAGACAGUUGAGCCCUACAUCAGACUGAGGUCAGUGGAGCCGUUCAGUACUAGACACCCGGCCAUGCUCUUGUGCAGCGCCUACGGCUUCUACCCCAAACCCAUCAGAGUGACAUGGCUAAGAGACGGACAGGAAGUGACCGCAAAUGUGACUUCCACAGAGGAGCUGGCCAAUGGGGACUGGACCUACCAGAUCCACUCCCACUUGGAGUACACGCCCACACCUGGAGAGAAAAUCACCUGUAUGGUGGAGCACUUCAGCCUCACUGAGCCCAAACUGUAUGACUGGGACCCCUCCCUGCCUAAGCCUGAGAGGAAUAAGAUGGUGAUCGGGGCCUGUGGGCUGCUGCUGGGGGUGGUCUUUAUAGCAGCUGGACUGAUCUACUACAGGAAGAAAUCUACUGCAGGAGGAGUGUUGGUGCCAACCAUGGUUUUACCAGAAAGUUAUGGCGCCAUCUAGUGGUUCACACUAGUCUGACUUCUUAAGAUUGUGAUCUGAACCCACUUAAUUAGUCUGGGUACCAGUCUUUUUUGCUAACAUUCCACUCCUUGCAGCUUUUUCCGUGUCAUAUGCCAAGGAGUACAAGUAAUGGAAUGUUAGCUAAAAAGACUGGUACCCAGACUACCACUUAAUCACUCCAAGCAUAAUCUCUUCUCUGUCUCCUAGGCCUUUUGCAUUGGAGGAGAGAAGAGAAGAGGUUGCAGCCAAAUACUCCCCAAGGCCCUUCUAUGGGGAUCAGAAUUUGCUAAAUAUUUGAUCAGGUCAUUCAGAUCAAGAGUUUACCACAGAGUGUCCAACGUGAAUAAAUCUAAGUCCACAUCCUGUGCGAGACGUUAGAUCUAUGAUAUGAUUUUGUAAGGUAUGUUCAGAUGUGACAUACAAGAUUGGUUUAUGGAAUUGUUCCUCCUUAGGUUUCUAUUCUAAUUCUUGUUUCUAUUGGCAACUGAUGUUAUUGUUAACUUGGCUUUGUCUUUUAAUAAAAUAGUUUUAU